AUGGUUGCUCACUUGUUGGGUCGAGUUGGCACCGUCGCCAGCCGAGGACAAAGCCUUUCCAAAUCUGACGCCAGCUCACGAGUAGGAGACAAGCGUGGCACACCAUCAACUCCCAGCUCAACUGUCAAAAGUUAUCUUGCUUGUCUCAAGUCACCUUGUCGUGUCGUACAGUUUGGUUGGAUUUUCCGAGUUCAAAUAAUUAAUUCCAUCUCUAACUUCCCGGUACAGAGAAUCGCUGCAAUGCUCAUGUGCCGAAAUUACACAUGGCUCCAAGGGGGCGAAUCUCGAAUCUCGCAUCCAACGACCUCUGAUUUCCCACUUAUCUUUGAUGGUCUGUCUGAAGUCCAGCCUUCUCAGAAUGACGCUCAGUGUCGUAGGCUGACGAACCAACUCGUAGCCGAUUCGCCCUUUGAGUCGUCUCAGCAGAGAACUCGUCAGAUGAGGAUGGUAUACCUUUCCUACCUCUGA